AUGGACUGCAAGUGCCAAGAUUUCCAACCAAUAGACUGCAAGCCCCAAGAUUUCCAACCAAUAGACUGCAAGCCCCAAGAUUUCCCACCAAUAGACUGCAAGUCCCAAGAUUUCCAACCAAUAGACUGCAAGUCCCAAGAUUUCCGACCAAUAGACUGCAAGUGCCAAGAUUUCCGACCAAUAGACGGCAAGCGCCAAGAUUUCCUACCAAUGGACUGCAAGUGCCAAGAUUUCCAACCAAUAGACUGCAAGCCCCAAGAUUUCCAACCAAUAGACUGCAAGUGCCAAGAUUUCCCACCAAUAGACUGCAAGUCCCAAGAUUUCCAACCAAUAGACUGCAAGUCCCAAGAUUUCCGACCAAUAGACUGCAAGUGCCAAGAUUUCCGACCAAUAGACGGCAAGCGCCAAGAUUUCCUACCAAUGGACUGCAAGUGCCACAACUUUCUACCAAUAGAAUGGAAGUGCCAAGAUCUCCUGCCAAUGGACUAA